UUAAUUAGCCAGCUUUUGAAAAGUUCAAUCAUAUGUUUGGUUGCUAAGCAACGAAGAAGCUUGAUUGAAUCAAGAUUUUUUAUUCAAUUUUAUUCAAUCAGUAUUAUUAUUGUUUGAUUUCAUUUCAGUACAUUUGAAUCUUUGUCUUUACGGGUUUUUCGUGAUUCUACAUGUAUGGCUUAGUGAUUUAAAUACCAGAUGUGUCAUUAGGUUGUCAUUAUACUAGCAAGGACUGUGAUCAUACGAUGCAUAAUGUAAAAUUACUUGUUCACCACUUUCUCAGUCUAGUUUCUGGUACUUUGGCGCUAUUUAUUUUAAAUCCAUGGCGAGAAGCAUCUCUAGCUGAACGAAUUCCCCUGGUCUCAUGUUUUCUUCUCAUUUUUGAGCCGCUCAAGGUUCUUUUUAUUGGCUAUAUUGGAUACAGAGGCAGAGGACGAGCGCCAUUUUCCGUUUUGUGGGAAAAAAGUUAUGUGUCCAAGAAUUUAAAUCGUAUUGGAUUAAAUCUUCUUUUUAUCUCUUUAAUUAUUGUUCUAAUAAUUUUAUGUUUAGGAGCUCCAUUAUUAAGUGAAUUAGAUCAAACUUUCUUCUUGGCUCUCUGCAUUACAUUCACAUCUGUUCUACCAAUACUCAUCACUGAUCCAUCUUUGCCAUUAUCCUCUUCAAUCUUAAGGAUUAUCAAUUUUUUGUUCAAUCCAGCGGCCAGAUUUAAUCAAUGGGACUCUAGUUUUGCCGUGAAUCUCAGACUAGUUGCUAUAUUUGCCUGGUUUGGGGCUUUUCUUCUCAAACUCGAUUGGAUUGUUUCGUGGAAAGUUUAUCCUAUUACAUCGAUCAUGACCUCUCUUUAUGGGUACUUGAUUGCAAGCCUUUUCAAUCUAUGCAGGAUCUCAGUCAGAUUUUAGUCAUUUAAGAUGCCAAUGAAACUAUGGAGCAUCUAAAUAAUGUUCCGUAGUGUAGUUUUAUACGAAAAUGUAAAUCACUUCUUGAUAUAGUCAAUUUAACAGAGCUGAAUUACUGUCUACUAAACGUCUCUUCAAUUACCAAUGAUUUCAGAAACUUUGUACAGAAAUAAUGUUAUGAACUAAAACAAAAUGCUUUAACAUUUUACAUUAAAA